AUGUUAUUUCAUUUUUUCGAAUGGUUUAAUCCAAAUUGGACUUUGGCCUGGAUGUUAGAUGAAUUGCAUGAUGAUUUGACAUUAGAAUUAGAUUUUCUUCAUGAAGCAAGAAAUGCAGAACGUUCUCGUGGAUCUGUUAGACAUUUAGAUUAUGUUUAUGUACCGAAAGUUCAUUGGAAUUUAACCAAAAAGCGUAUUCUAACUUAUGAAUUUGUCGAAGGUAUCACAAUCGAUCGUGUAGAUGAAUUGAAAAAACAUAAUCUAUCGUUAAAAGAUAUUGAUGAAAAAUUAAUUCGUUUAUUUGCCGAACAAAUCUUUCGUACUGGCUUUGUACAUGCUGAUCCUCAUCCUGGUAAUGUUCAUGUUCGUGUGAAUAAAAAUAAAAAAUCAAAAGGUUCUCCACAAGCAGAAAUUAUUCUUCUUGAUCAUGGUCUUUAUGAAAAUCUACUAAGUGAAGAACGAAAAAUUCUUUGCGACUUAUGGAUGGCAACUGUAAAUAAUGAUCAUAUAGAAAUGAGACAAACAGCCACUGCUUUAGGUGCCCCGCAAAAAGAUUAUGAAUUAUUUUGUACAUUAGUUACAAUGAAACCAUUACCCGAUACUGAAAAAUAUAUAAUCCCAUCAUAUGCAAGCGAUUGGGAUCCAUUACCCCGUGAAUUACAAAUGAUUGCUUUGAAAAGUAGAAAAUUUGAAAUGCCCAACGAAGAUGAAUAUAUAACUGAUAUGACAAAUGAACAACGUGCAGAAUUAAAAAGAGAUUAUCGAGAAUUAAUGGAUAAGAAACGUAUUGCAUUAUUUCAUAUUCUUAAGCAAAUGCCAAAAACAAUGUUUCUUUUAUUAAGAAAUCUUAAUGCUGUACGAAAUACAUUAAAAAUCCAUAAUGUUCCUGAUGUUGAUCGAACACGAAUAAUGACUGAAGUUUGUCAACAAGCGUUAAAAGAAUUUCAAACAAAAAAAAGGAAAAUAUAA